AUGAAGUUCCUGUCCCUCACCGCUGCUUUGACUGCCCUUGCUUCCUUCGCUGUCGCCGAAGACCUUACCACUUACUCUCUGGUUAUCGACAGGGAUGGGGCAAUUUUCACCAAGGUUCUAACUUCCACGAUUGGAAACACUGAUGCUGGAUAUGCCCAGCAAUAUGUUACCAACACCAACAUCCACGUUUACACCGUCGGAGAUGCUGAGGCUUCCUCCUCUUUCUGGGCAUACGUUAGUACUGCCACUGCUUCUGCAUAG